AUGAGCUGUUAUUGCGUUGCUUUUGAGUUUCCGGACGUGGAUUUGACUGGUAAGUAAGAUAGCCCUAGGUGUAGGCCUAUCCACAGCCAUAGGCUCAGCCUUAGUCUUAGCAAUAGCCUCAACCCCAGCUUUAGCUUCAGCUAUUGUUUUAACCCUAGCUUCAGUCCUAGCCUCAGCCUUAGUUUCACGCUUAGCCUCAAGCCUAGUCUUAACCUUAGCCUCAGCCCUUAGCUACAGCUUUUAGACUGGUCUGUUAUAUUCAACUGUUAACCUCUGCCUAUAGCCUCAGACCUAGCCUGAGCCCUAGCCUUGACUCUAGCGUCAGUUUUAGCCACAGCCUACGCUUUAUUGUGAGCUUUAGAAUUAGCCUCAACUUGAGACUUAGGCUUAGCCACAGCCUUAACUUCAGGCUUAGCUCCAAAAUUAGCCUCAGUUUUAGCCUCAGGCUUAGCCUCAAGCUUAGCCUCAGCUCAAGCCUUAGCUCCGCUUUCAGUUACAGCCUCAGCCUUAGUCUUAGCCUCGGCCACAGCCCUGUUCUUAGCCACAGCUUCAGUUCAUGGCUUUGCUUCACGCUUACACCUACUACUUUUUGUUUUUAAAAUAUUAAAGCAAGUUUUUCAGAAUGUGUUAUCUACUCUUGUUUGACAGAAAACCAUGCUUUUACAUUUGCACGGAUUAGAUGGUAUAACGGCGUGAUUAAUGUUGCGUUGUCAAUGAUUUUUAUUGUUCAGUUUGUUUAUUUCAAGUCCAAAACAACUGCUAAUAAUAUUAAGGAUUCGGUAAGAUUUUUUUUCAUAAAUUUAAAACUGAAAUUUACAAUAUUAUAAAAGAAGAAUAUAGAAAAUACUUUUACAGCAAUACAAGAUGGUAUUCACAAUAUUAAUAAUAUUGAUAAACGAAGUUAUUGUUAGUAUGAUACCAACAACCUUAAUUUACUUUACGGUGGUAGAUCACCAGACUUAUAACCAGUCGUUUAGCCCUUUAUUUACUACUGGUUAUUGCGUGGAACAAGCUUUGCUCAUUUCGACCUAUGUCAAGACGCUCUCUAGGAGAACAAGGGUAGGUACAAACACCUUCUUCAGCUAAGAAUAAUCAUUUUGCUUUUUAAUUUUAUAUUAAAGUUUUACAUGUCAUUUGAGUACUGUAAUUGUACAAAAAAUUGACUAAAAAUUUAUUGUUGCUUUAGGGUUAAGACUGGAAAUAAGCUUAAUGUAAGAUACGGAAGAUAAUAAGAUGGCAGUUCAGAGUUGGACAGAACUAGAGCAAGACAUAGCAGAGAAUAGCAUACAAAAGAGAGCUAAGACGUUACCUUCAGCUAAAACUAGGACUAACGGCUAG